AUGGCUAAAGCAGCGUCAAUAGAUAAUUGUGAGAUAGAAUUUGUUUUGUCAACAAAGAACAAGAAAAUUUUACUUUGUAAUGGAUACAGAUAUGUUUUAAAUCAAGCAACAAAGAAUAAAAAAUAUUGGCGAUGUGAAGAUGGUAACAAUUGUGGAGCCUAUGUACAUACAACAUCUGAAGACAUUUACUUGAAACAUAACAAAGUUGAACACAACCAUCUUCCAGAUCCUGAUGAAAUUUUGAUUAAUAAAUUACUAUCGAAGAUUCGUUAUCGAAUUAUGAAGGAACAUUUAUCUGCUGCCUUCAUUUAUGAAUUUGAGGUCGCACGUGCCAAUCUUACACAAAGUCAAUUGGCUAUUAUGCCAGCAUUCAAAAUAAUAAAGUCUGCAUUAUAUUUGGCACGUGCAAGUACCAUUCCAGCAAUACCAAAAGCAUUUCAAUUUGAUAUACCAAUGUGGUAUCAACUGAAUGCAAAUUCAGAACAAUAUUUACUUGCUGAUUGUUAUAGUCCGGCAUUUGAUCGUGUUUUAAUUUAUUCAUCUAAUCGACAACUUCAGAUUUUAUUCGAUUCAGAAAUUAUUUUUUGUGAUGGCACAUUUGCUUCUUCACCACCACAAUUCAAACAAAUUUAUACUAUACAUGCGAUUUAUGAAGAAGAAUCAUUUCCUUGCAUCUUUGCUAUGUGUACUCACAAAAAUAACGAAACAUAUGAUGCAAUCUUAGGAAAAUUAAAAUCUGCUGCUACACAGAUGAACAAAAAUUUUACACCUUCUUUAAUUAUGUCUGAUUACGAAAGUGGUUUCGUUGAAGUAAUAAAACAAAUUUAUUCAAAUAAUACUACUCGACACGUCGGAUGUUACUUCCAUACGUGUCAGGCUAUAUAUAGAAAAGUGCAAGAAAUAGGUUUACAAGUGCCAUAUAAUUCAACAGUUUGGGUACGAACUGUUGUGAGAUCUCUUAUGGCUCUACCACUAUUGUAUCAACAUUUAGUAAAUGACCAAUUUGAUCAAAUUGUUAAUGUUGUCGAUGAACGUUUAAAAAAAGCGAAGAAGCUCAAAAGAACAACUGAUGUUUCAGAUCAAUGUGAAGCUGCUCGUGAAGAAAUUAGACUAAAUGAAGUUCAUGCUAAUGUAUGGAAAGUAAUAUCUACAUUUAUUGACGAAGAAUAUCAUGCAUAUCAAAAAAUGGUUCUGAUACGUACAGGUGUUCAAAAAAAAACUAAUGCUACAGCUCGACAAAUUGCUUAUCAAGAGCGUAUAAAUAAAUUAUAUGUUUUGUAUGACAAAAAUACAAUUAAUGCUAGUCAAUUAUUAGAAGAUGGUUUGUUGGACUAUAUUAAAAAGAAUGUACCAGUAUAUGUUAAUGCUACAUAUCCUUCUGUAAUGAGAUCUAUUGACAUAAGAUUAAAAGAAUUUGUUGAAACUGUCAAUUUACAAGAAGGAGAAAAAAUUCAAUUUUGUAAAGCUCAUGAUGUUGAUGGAAUUCCAUCAUCGAAUAACGAAAAUACUAUAGUCGAAGCUGAUGAACAACAUCAAGAUGAUUAUCAAAACAUAACAACAACUUCUGAAUUUGUGUCGUCUAAUGAGGAAUCACCAAUCAAAGGUACUUUGACCAGCUCUGUAAUGGAUAGUGAUGAUAAUGAUUUUCAACAAUCAACAGUUUCACAAGAUGCUAUAGCGAAUGCUCAAAAUAUCGAUUUCUUUUUUCAAUCUACAAAUACAAGAAAAACCCAAAAACAAAUGGAUGAUGAAAUCAAAAAACAAAAACGUUUAAUUUCCCAAUUAACAAUGUGGAAUGAAUUUGCACCGAGUAAUAGUAAAAGACGUACAAGUACAACUAAACUUACAACUACAAUUAGACAUAAACGUUCAAAAGAAAGCUAA